AUGAUUUCUCUCUCUGUCUGUCUCUUCUCCCCUUUCUAUCCCCCAAUUGCAUUCAGUACAAUUCCAGUAUAGGAGUUCUUCAAAACUGUUUCCUUCCCUUCAGAAGAGAUUUGAAUGCAACUCAUCCAGCCUUGCUGUUGCACAAGACUCAGUUAAGUGGAUUUUCAAAUUGUCUUGGAAAAAAACCCACAAUAACUCAUCAGAAGAUGUUUCACAUUUUUCAGUAUCAGCCUUUAAGACUAAUAACCCAAAACAGUCUUUCUAGCAUGUGCUUAAAGCUGAUGCUUUCAAGACCUGUUGCAUUUGCACAGAUAUGGAAGUCAUGGUUCUCAAGUCAUUCUCUUCUUGGAAAGAAAAAUAUUAUCCUGAUGGGACCUCCAGGUGCUGGGAAAACAACAAUUGGGAGAAUAGUAGGCCAGAAACUGGAUUGCCCUGUCAUAGACAUAGAUGACGAUGUCCUUGAAACAACCUGGAAUAUGAGUGUGUCAGAAAAACUGCAGGACAUUGGUUGUGAGAAGUUUCUAGAGGAGGAAGGAAAAGCACUGUUGAAGUUCUCAGCAUCUGGAAGUGUAAUUUCCCUUAGUGGGUCCAAUCCAAUGCAUGCUGCUGGCAUGCAGCACAUAAAGAAAAAUGGAAUAGUUGUAUAUCUGGAUGUGCCCACAACAGUCAUUAUGAGCAGGCUGAAAUCAAAGGGAAUGGAUCGUGUUGUGGGCCUGUCUCCUGGUGUUUCUCUCAAAGACAUACUUCAGUUUAGGAAGCAGUUCUACAAAAGGUGGUUUGACAUCCGUGUUCUUUGUGGAGGGGAUGUUGCAGCAGAGAUGGUAGCAGAAAAGGUACUUGAUGCUGUGAAGAGAUACCAAGACUCAGAACUGGAAACUUUCAUUUCAACAAGGUCUAGUAGGUCUGGAAGGAGUACGGAAGAAGACUCUCAUAAAUUAUAUUUCAGUGAUGUUGUUACUCAGGGCUUAGCCCUUGAUGGAGGACUCUUUGUUCCUGAGAGUGGACUUCCAAAAUUCACCGCUGAAGAAUGGCAAGGUCUGAUAGAAGCAACUUACGUUGAAAGAGCCCAGGUGAUACUAGAAAGAUGCAUACAUCCUGCUGAUAUUCCUGCUUCUAAGCUGGCAGAAAUUAUUGAAACUGCUUAUGGAGAGAACUUUAGUUGUUCUAAAGUUGCCCCAGUUAGGCAUCUGGCAGGCAAUCAGUUCCUUCUUGAGUUAUUUCAUGGACCAACAGCAUCAUUUAAAGAUUUUGCAUUACAGUUGAUGCCACACUUAUUUGCCUACUGCAUACCCAGAAGCUGCAAUUACUUGAUCCUGGUAGCUACUUCUGGGGACACAGGGAGUGCUGUUCUAGAUGGCUUUAGUCGUCUCCAUGACACUGACAAACAGAGAAUUGCUCUGGUGAAUUUUUUUCCUGAGGAUGGAGUAAGCCCAAUUCAAAAAUCACAAAUGAUUGGCUGUCAGAAGGAAAAUGCUUGGUCAGUGGGUGUCAAAUCUGAUUUUGAUUUUUGCCAGACAGCUAUAAAGCAAAUCUUUACUAAUUCUGAUUUUACUGGCUUUCUUACAGUAGAAUAUGGAACAGCUUUAGCUGCAGCAAACUCCAUAAACUGGGCACGACUGCUUCCUCAGAUAGUUUAUCAUGCCUCUGCAUACCUUGAUCUCGUUCAUCAAGGUAUUAUUUCUUUUGGAAGCCCUGUAGAUAUUUGCAUUCCUACAGGAAACUUUGGCAACAUGUUAGCUGCUUUCUAUGCUAAAAUGAUGGGAAUUCCUAUUAGAAAAUGUAUUUGUGCUUCCAAUGAAAACAAUGUUUUGACUGACUUCAUAAGAACAGGUGAUUAUGAUUUGAGGGGAAGAAAAUUAAUUUCCAGUUUUUCACCAGCAGUAGAUAUUUUGAAGUCGUCCAAUCUUGAGCGAUACUUACACCUGAUUGCCAAUGGAGAUGGACAACUGGUGACACAAUUAUUUAACCACCUGGAAAAUCAGGGCCACUUCCAGCUGCGGAAAGAUCUACUUGGAAAGCUUCAGCAGGACUUAGUGGCUGGCUGGUGCUCUGAUGAGGACUGUCUGGCUGCCAUUCACUCUGUGUACAGUACUACAGGAUAUAUUUUGGAUACACACACAGCUGUUGCUAAAGUAGUUGCAGAUCGAUUACAAGAUAGAACUUGCCCAAUUAUUAUUUCAUCUACAGCUCAUUAUUCUAAGUUUGCACCUGCUAUCUUGAGGGCCUUGAGGAUUGCAGAAAUAAAUCAGAAUCCAUUAAGUCAGCUUCACUUGCUGAGUUCUUACAGCGCUUUGCCUCCAAUUCACUGGGGCCUAUUAGAGACCCUGAAAAAGACAGGAAAUGGGGAUCACCAGGUCUGUGCUGCUGAUAUGAGUGUGCUGAUGUCCCAUAUAGAAACCUUAAUUCAAAAUCAUUUUAUGAAAGUUUUUUGAGCAACUGAUCCAAUGUCCACAAUUGCAAUGCCUUCUUAACAAGCUGCAUGCUUUACUAAAGCCAUCAUUCAUCUGGCCUGUGUCCAGUCCACAGCAUAUCUCACAGUUUUAUAUUCAGUUGUCAAGCUUUCAACAGUAUUUGUAAGUAACAUGUGUGAGAUUUCUAGUGGUGGUGAAAGGUUGUGAAUUAAGAGUGUAAAAAACUGGAAUACCAUUUUGCAAGUCAUACACAGUGGAGAUGCCAGCACUGCUGGCUUUCCUUGGCAGUGCUGUCUCCUUCACAAACCUGAAGCAUCCUCGACGGGAGGAGGCAGAUAAUGAAGUCUGACCUUUCUGGAACUAAUAGCUCUGGUUUUGUUGCAACAAUGAUGUGAACCUUUGGUCAGUAUAUGUUUAAUUAAACUUUAAAUCAUUUCACUUAGGGCACUGAAACAUAAUAAGUUAAUAUAAUGGUGUUCAUAUGUUACUAAUAAGGGUUGAUUUCACUACAAAGAUUAAAGUAUCAUUGUAUUGUUAAUUCUUGAACCAUUCAUUUUUGUGAUAUAUUACCUUCUUGUGUAAUGUUUUUUAUCUAUUGUGUGUUCAGUGUCUAAGUAAAAAAAUCUGGUCAUUUUGUUUUUAACACCUUUUUCUCCCAAGUAUUUUCCUGUGUCAAACAGAAUACCUAAUUCAAUAUUUUUAAUAUAUUUGAGGUGUGACUCUUCUUGCAGUGUCUUCUAGUCUCUUUCUCAGAUGUUUUUUAUUUCAACUUUCAACUUUGAAAUCCUUUUUUAAUACUAUAGAAGAAUCUGAUAGUGGUAACAUCUUCUUAAAUAAGAACCAGACUUCACAAUUUGUUUACAUAUAUUUUUUGUAUUUUAUCUUUGAGAUCAUAUAGCUUUUCUUGUUCUAAUUACUUAUGUUUUCAUAUUUUUCUUAAGUUAAUUUCCAUGAUGUUCUAUUCUAUUCAUGCUUUGCAUGAAUUAGUAUAAAAAGAAGCUUCCCAAAUUGCUUGGCAUCUCAUCAAGGAAAGUGAAGGAUGAAUUCCAGAGUGAUAGCAUCAGAAGUGUUCAUUAUGUAAUCCAAAAUACAUCUGUGUGGUUUUGCUAAUGACAGGCUCUUUGCUGUUUUUUUCUCUGAAGAAAAAAAUAGACUGGAUUGUCCUAGGAGAUCAUGUGGUUAUGGAGAAAUUGUUCUGCUAAUUGAUGAUUAUAUUUCACAAGGACAUAAGCUACAUUUCAUGCUAUGAGAAAUGGUAAAAUGAUGUAUUGAAAGCUUUGAGUGGCAUGCAGUUAAAGAGCUAGGAGUCUUCAGAUGUAAGGACAUAUAGCUAUGGGAAGUUGUGUUUCCCACUAAGAUUCACAUAAUCUGGUAAUUGAUAACAGUUUUUUUUGCCUCUUCAAUAGGCAUCUUUUCCUACAUGUCAAGAUUCACCUGGGGCUUUGAACUGCUGCCAUAUCCUUCAGCUUCCUCUGUGUGCCUGCUUGUACUUUUUGUCACACUAGAAGGGAACCAUCUCACAAAUUAUUUUAAAGAAUUGUCAUUUUUUCCAGCAUAAGGUAAAAGUCCCAAGCAUGAUGUGCGUUUGCCACAGUGAACACAUACGCAGUAUCAUUAAAUGUAGCUGAGAACGUGGGUGUGACACAGUAGCUUUCUAGAUUCCCCCAUUCCCAGAUACUUUUUUGGACCUUUCUAGUUCUUUGCUCAAACCUCAUUCACUGUUUCUGCAGUAAAAUUGAAAAAUAACUUUUUGUUUUCAUGAAAUUGUGAACAGACCAGGUUGGAAGUGACCUGAAAACUUUUGUGACAAAGGGAGCCUAGAUGAGAUUAUCUAGCACCCUCUCCAGUUAUGUCUUAAAAACUUCCCAGUGAUGGAGACCCUUUUGCUUCCCUGGGGAUAUUGUUCCAGCGAUUGAGCGUUCUCACUGUAAAAAUUUCUUUCUUAUACCAAAAUGAACCUUCUCCUGGUACAAUUUCCCCCUUGUCAUCUCCAUAUGGCUCCUUGUGAAGAGGGAGCCUCCAAUCUCUUCCUAACCACCACUGAAGUGUUGGACAGCUGUGCUGAAGUGCCCACUGAACCUCCUCUAGUAUGAAAAGAUCUAACUCAUUCAGUGUCCUUGUAGGGCAGGGGAAUUUUCAUCAUUUUCCAAACACGACAUGGAAAAGACUGUGAUUAUGUAAUUUUAAAAACAUCCAAGUCCUGUAAGAAAAGAUUACAUAAGCAUAUUGCUAAGGAAGCAGCGUUGCUUGUAUUAGUGAUAAGUGAGCAUCCACCUUGUAUUUCUGUGUGCUUCAGUCUGAUUCUUACCGUAAUUCCAAGGGGGGAAAAAAGCUAAUGCUUUCUCUGGCUGUGCUUAGUAUAAAACCAGAAUUCUAAAUCUUGGGAAAAAAAACCCAAAACCAAGCAAACCCAACUGUCUGGAUUGACUUACUGGGAUAGGGUAUGGUUUCAGCAUAAGGACUCAGUGGAAAUCCUGCAGCACUUGGUUCCAUGGGGUUUAAUGCCAUUUAACAUCACAAGGCAGUUUGUCACACACUGUUACAAUACUUUAUAGAAAAAGCUUGUUUUUGAAGAAAGUACCUGAAAGGGAAGAGCUGAGACUCUAAACAAGAUUAGACUAGAAGCCAACAUCUUACCCUGAGAUAACUCAGUGUUAGAUAAACUGGUCAGAGCUAAACUAGCAGGGGAUUUAUUUUGGCACAAUUGAAUUAUUUUAAAGUUCAUGACAGUAACCCAUGCAUGGUUUAGAUUUCUAGUUGCUGCUUUCCUAUUACAUGAGCCAUUAUAGCAGUUGAUAUAAACCAAAUAAGUAAAAAAAUGAGCAUUUGUACUUGGGUAAAGGCUUUCAACAUGGAUUUAUGGUGUCUAAGGGCAGUGGUUAAUGAGCACAUACAAUAUCAAUACAUUUCUCAGAAUGUCUAAAGGCUUUUCAAUAUAGUAUUUACUAGUUUUCAAAACGAAUUAAUUUUUGAACUUUCAUUAGCUUCAGUAAACUUAUUUUCCUGCACUACAUCUGCUUGUGGAUCCUACUAAUGAACACUAUAAAAUGCUGCAGUAGUGUUGUGAUCCUGGAUGUACACAGUAUUUGUGACCACAUGAAAAAAAAUUUCCAGCAUGCUCAGAAUAUGGGACUGUGGGUAAACAGGAUAGUGAGGGAAGCAAUCCCCCUUUCUUCCCAGUCCAGAUUUUCUUAGUGUCAGCGAUGUACUGUGGUUCAACAAAUACUUCACUACUGUUAGGGUCCUUUUUUUCCCCACUAUCAGUAUUAUGAAAGAUUAAGAAGGCAUUAAAGACUGGGCAUAAGUGCCUUUUUUUUUGGUCUUGUGUGUUCAGCAUGCAGACACUGUGCACACUGAAUGUAAAUACAUUAUUUUCUAUUCACUUCUUAAGGCAAAGUGGUGUGCCAAUGGUACAGAAAAACCUAUAUUGUGCUGCUUAGGAGGAUGCUUUAAGCCAUUUAGGUUUGCUGCAUACACAGUUUACUCUUAUUUGUCUAGCAGUAUGUUGCAGUAUCAAUCAAGAAAAUCCAAGUUGACAGAGUGUGAGUGUGCAGAUCUACACACUUCCACUCACUUUGUUGACCCAUAGUAAUAGUGUUGCUUUAGUUAAGCUGUUAUUCUUCUGUAUAGAUAAACCUUCGCUGAACACUUCCUACUACGUGAAAAACCUCAGGGACAACUUUAACAAAUGUAAGGAGAAAUACAACAUCUAUAUUUACACUUUUUAUUAUAAGAAUAUUUAUAUGGAAAAUCGUUUGUUUUGCUUACAGAUAUACCAGGUGCUCAUUACUUGCCUUUAGUCACAGCCCUUCUUCUCAGGGUGACAGAGGUCAAGGAUGAAUAGAACAUCAGAAGAUAAUUCUGUUUUCUUAGGAUUUUAUGAUAUAAAAAGAAUUGCUAUUUACAGUUUUGAAGUGAUGGAAUAUUUUAUCUGAUGGAACUCUACAGGGAAGAUUCUUGUUGUUCAAAAGGCCAGCUUUGAUUUCAAGGACAUCAAGAACAGACAUUGCUAUUAAGUAUAUCAUGGUUGGCAUAUCUGAAAUACACAUUAUUCAUUUGUAUCCACUGUAUUUUUUUCUAAAUAAACAUUGCAGGAUAUAUAUAGCACUAUAGCACUCUCUUUGCAAAUAUGUUUGUAAAUCCUUACCAAUCUUCUAUAAAGAAAAUACACUAAAAGAAGUGGUUUCCGAGUUUGAUAUUCUUAAGUCUUGAAAGACGUGUUCCAUUCUGUGUUUCUUUGAAAGUUAGGGGUAUAGUUGGUGAUAAUCUAAUAAUUCACUUUGCUGAGACUAUGAUUUUAGUGAGAUAGUCUGCAUCAUUCUGAAAGGAAGUAUGUAUAUAAAAAAGGAAACAGAUGAAAAAUAGCAAAUGUCUAAACACUCUGUUUACAUUGUACCACAGACUUGUCCAGUGCUGCAUGGAAAGCCUGUAUUGUGAGGAUUAGUAUGGAAAAGGAAAUGUGUGACAGUUUAACAUUUCUUAUUCAUGCUUAGUUCAGUGGAGAGAUGGGCUAGUUGUCUGUUAGCUGUUGUGGAGCAACUUUUGUACACUUUUAAUAUAAUCUCAGGAUCAUGGGCUUAAAAAUUACUUGAAUGGUUGAAACAGCAAUGAGCAGUUAAUGUCAGUGAAUUAAUGUGAAUAGGCCAUUGAUUCUGAACACGUAUUAGCAGCUUAAGGAGGAUUUAAAUGUCACUGUGUUUUUUCACAGCAGUUACAAAUGUGCUUAGCUUGCUUAUCUGACCUGGGAAGCUGUUGCUUCAGAUUUUUCAGAUUGUAGCAAUCUAAAAGACAGCUGUCUUGGUCUUGCUCUCCAACUUGGCUAAAACUUUCGAAGAUCUCUUAGUAUGGACCAAGAUCUAAGCUGUUUGUUCAUUUUACUUGAGAAGAUUUUAUUUGCUGUCUGGUCUCCUUCUUGACACUAUUGGAAAAUUAUUCAGUAGAAUUAAGAUAACACCUGAUUUACUUGUUUGUGUAUGAUAAUAUAAAAUUUAACCAAGGGGAGCAUCCACAGUGUUUUCCAUGCACAACAGAGGAACACAUUUUUCAUAAAAAGUGUAUAUCAACUUCCACAAAAUCAGUUGCAUAGCACAGGAAUUGUUACUCUAGCAUUUUAAUUAGGUAUUUUGUCACUGGUAUUUGGAAUAGACUUAGAUUUUCAAAUAGUUUCUUUCAUUUUAAAGAAUUAUUGUUAUAGAAACAUGGACAGCAUCACCCCCAGAUUUAAAAUUCAUCAUGACAAUAAUUGUGUCAAACCUGAAAGAACUAAAAAUGUAAAUUGGGAGGACUGAACAGAUUUUUUUCUGUGGGUUCACACAGGAUUUUAAUAAACCAUGAGUUUAUUAAGAACAUAGGAGGAAAUAAAGUAAUGACUGUUCAAAUCUACAGAUGCCACAAAACUUAAAUACUAAUGAGCCACUUAAUCAGAGCAAGAUUAAUUGCUUGGUUAGGAGCUGUAAGCAAUUUGCAUUUCACACUGGCCUAGUGUAGUAGACCUGUGUUUUCAGGAGCAUAGAGGUUUGAGAACACACUUAGCAAGGUAAACAAUUUGUGGUAGGAAAUGCUGACUUUGAAUGGUGACUGGAGAUGAUGUGCAUUCUCAACUGAGCAUGAAUUUUCAGCUUACCUUGUGGCCAAAAGGACCAGUGAGAUCCAGAGGUUAGAAAUGGGAAUACUGCCAGGGAAGAAAUACUGCUCUCUGUAUUUGGCUUUGGCAUAACCUUUUGGAAGAAUAUUAUGCCAAAUUUCAGCAGUCACAAUUUUCAGUAAUGCUGGGAAGCUGGACAGAAAAGAGUCAUGAGAGCAAUAAAAGCAUUAAAAAGAAGUACUGGCAUGAGAGUCUCAAAAAACAGAAUCUGCUUAGUUUAGUGAAAGAAAAAUCAACCUAGACAAACCAUCUUCAGAGAAAAACUGAUAAUAAAGAACUGUUCCACCUAGCAGGAAAGGAGUGAUCCAGCAAGUCCAAGCAGAAGUCAGACAUGUUACAAAAAGCAAUAAAGAUAUGUAACAGAACAGUAAAAGCAUCCCUAGUCUGGACAUAUUAGAUGAUUUCCUGAAAAAAUGUGAUAGAAAGACUAAUUCAGACAAGUCAGACCCAUGUUACACAAGAGGUCAAACUAAACAAUCACAAGUAAUGUUUGGCUGCCCCAGGAGUAACUUGCCUUUAAUAAAAGCAUGAACAGCAUUUCACAGAGGUUUGA